AUGUCUCACGAGACGGAUCUUGUAAUAUCAGUGCCGCGUUCCCGUAUAAAUGAAUUUUACUGCAAAUAUUAUAAUUUAGUUGAAACAUUUUACUGUGUCACACUGUCUGAGAGUAAAUUGUGUUCCGCGAAUGAAAAACCUGAUUAUGUGUAUUUUAACGUCACGUUCAACUUGAAUCCAGCAGAUGGAAGUUUCAAUCCGAAGGAACUGACUGGGAGAAUACAGAAAUAUGUGGAGUCAUCAGUGGGGUGCGCAGGAGAGCGCGGCGAGGAUUCCAGUUAUGACUCGGAGUGUGAGGAUGAGAGUGCCCACCGUGCGGCCUCUCGGACCCCCUCCGACACCCUCGCCGCCGAGUUUGCAGAGUAUGUCACUCUCACACCACCACAACCCAACCAGGCAAAGAUCGAGUUUGCUAUGAAGUUGGGUUACUCGGAGCGGUUGGCGCGGACAGCGAUACAGCGGUUGGGCCCCGACCCGCCGUGCAACGAGUUGUUGGCGGAGCUGAUCAAGCUGGCCGCCAAGCAGCCGCCGCGCGCGCUGUCGCCCACUCCGCCCGCGGAACCAGACCCGCCACCCGACCGCGCGCCGCUCAGGCACAUCGUCAUAGACGGCAGCAAUGUCGCUAUGAGCCAUGGCAACAAAGAGGUUUUCUCGUGUCGCGGUAUUGAAAUCUGUGUGGAGUGGUUCCGUGCACGCGGCCAUCGAGAGAUCACAGCAUUUGUCCCCAAGUGGCGAAAGGAAUCAGCACGUCCCAACAACCCCAUAGUGGACAGAGACGCGCUCGAGCGCCUGGAGCGGGACAGAGUGCUCGUGUACACUCCCAGCAGACUGCUGGGCGGCAAGCGCCUCGUCUGCUACGACGACCGCUAUAUCCUUCGUCUUGCAGCUGAAACCGAUGGCAUCGUAGUGUCCAACGACAACUAUCGCGACCUCGCUGUGGAGAACCCAGACUUCCGGAAAGUAGUCGAAGAGCGUCUACUUAUGUAUUCUUUCGUGAACGACCGAUUUAUGCCUCCGGAUGAUCCACUCGGUCGCUCGGGACCAACGCUGGACGCGUUCCUGCGCGCGCCAGUGUCCCGCGCCGAGCCCCCGCCUGCCUGUCCGUACGGUCGCAAGUGUACGUACGGCAACAAGUGCAAGUUCCACCACCCGGAGCGCGCGGGCAGGCCGCAGAAGUCUGUCGCGGAGAAACUGUCCGAGCGCGCCGCCAAGACACUGCGCUCCCGCGACCUCCACACCGUCAGCCUGCCGCCCGGCGGCCGCCCGUCCGACGCUAAGCGACAGCUCGCGCGCGCGCAGUCCGCUGCGCCGCGCCUGCACGACGCCACGCUCGCCACACACUUCGACCGCGCGCAGUUGCAGGUGGCGGCCCCGCCACAGCUUCAAGUACCGGGACCUCCACCUCUGGUCUCGGGCCCCCUACAGGUCCCGGGCCCGUCGCAGCCGCCGCCCGAGGUGAACCCGCACCGCAAGUUGGCGCGCCAGCUGACGCUGAAUCCGGCGUGCGACCCGCGUUUGCAGACGCACGCGCUGGCCGCGCGGGUGGCGAGCGCGCCAGGCGCGGCGGGGAGCGGGGCGGGGGGCGCGGCGGCGGCGCUGGCCCCGCUGAUGUCUCCGUGCGCGUCCGACGGCGCGCUGCAGCACUGGGACGCGCGGCGCCGCAUGCACUACCACCUGGCGGGGAUAUUCCCCGAGGCACAGGUGGCGGAGGCCAUGGCGGCGUACCCUGAGGAGACGGACGCGCAGACGAUGUGCGCCAUCAUCCUGGCCAGGUACCGGCCGAGCGAGGCGCGCGUGCCUCAUUGA